UCACUUUUUUUUCCCUCCACGCGAUAACUGAUAAGACUUUCCAGCCUUGCUCAACAAGAACUUUGACACUCCACAAGCGGGCCAAUCUGCAAAAAUAAAAUUUCCCAACAAAGCAGGUCGAGUGUCAUGGGCAUAGCGUGACAUUUGUUGACGGAACAACUCGCUGCCGAGAUGGACUUUUGGUAAUGUUACAAUGAGGGGCGGGCCUGUCCCACUUUGUGUUGUCAUGAUGCAGAUAAAAGCUGACUUGAGGCCCAGGUGGAGUCGUGGUGGUGAAGAUGAUGAAGAACGCGGCUCCGCUCGCAGCUCUGCUGGCUCUGGUAUAUGUGUGUGAGGGGGCGACCUUUGGCCAGCUAUGCCAGGGGAAUCUCUUCAACACCCCGAGAACAUCAGACAUUUUUGGUCAAGGCUCCUACGGGGCACGACGUUCGGGGAGGACUCACAAAGGUUUGGACAUCACUUGUGGGGACGGUUCGGAGGUCUACGCCCCAUUUGAUCUCACUAUCAAUCGGCAACUCAUUGUCUACACUGACCCCACGAAGGCGGCCAUCAACAAAGGUCUUGAAAUCCGCGGCGCAGAUCUUUGCGUCAAGCUCUUCUAUGUGGACCCGGACAAGUCUUCAGGACAAGUGAGCAAGGGUCAGCGUCUGGGCAUCAUGAUGCCCAUGCAGAGUGUCUACCCGGGAAUCACCUCGCAUGUGCAUGUGGAGUUGUGCGACAAGAGCGACCCCACAAGAUACUUCUGAGGAUCGGAGCGCGGACACUUCCUUGACCUUAAAUGGCAAAUUGAUUUUGAAAACAUGAUCCAAAUAGUGGCAAUUUAACAUGGGACCAUGCUUACCGGAUACGAUUGAAUACUUUGGGAAUAAAAUCGAGCGCGGGAUUCCCCACCGUUGCAAAGCAACACGACUAAUCGACUAACCAGCGGGGUCAAGAUCGCGAACUCAAGUAUCGCGAUGGUUCCUUCGCAACGAAACGCGACUAAUCGGCUCGCACGUUGUUAUACUUCCGCAGGCAGGUCGCGGUCCUGGGCACAUGGUCUGAAAAAGUAGAAAGGUCUCUAGUAAGCAGAAGCAAAUCCCGCUGUCUGAGGAUGCUGAAAUUGUCUGUCACUUUCGGGAAGGAGUCUCCCAGACGUCGGCGGCACUGGCAGUUGCCUAAGCAGGGUGAUGAAGUAAGAACGCUACGGUUGUUUGUUUCGUGCCUUUUAAAAUAUUUUCUUCAUAUCCACGUGUUUGUAAUUGACUUGUUUCUACGGGUUAUGUCCCCUCGAGGUACGCUGUAACGAGGUUCGACUGUAGUUGUCAGUCUUGUCGUGUCCAUCCAUCCAUUAUCCGAACCGCUUGAUCAGAUUGAGGUGCUGGAGGGCCGCUCUCCUGCUUGUUUUCCAAGUCGCCCUGUUACAAAACACCAGAUUC